GAGGCUGUUUACUGGAGGAGAUGUCAUCAAUCUAUCAACCAGUGGAGAGGUACCAUCACUCUACAGUACAGGUAGGAGACUGCCUGUACAUGUGGGGUGGGGUCCAACCUGGUCUCCCUAGAGUACACAAUAAUGAAAAGAAGAAAUUAAUGUGUUCUGUAGUGGAGGUCUGUCAUGUAUCGACUGGUGAGUGGGUACAAAAGCCUACCACUGGUGACCCUCCACUUGGUGUCAGUUUCUAUGCUGCUGCUGUCAUUAGAAAUGAAAUAUUCUUUUUUGGAGGCUAUUGUGGUCAUGAUAAAUGUUAUCAUAAUAGUUUAUACAGUUUUAAUGUUGAUACCUUCAAUUGGAAGGAGCUCUCUCCUACUACAUCCUAUUGUGGUCCUUGGAUGAAAGAUGGCUCCGGCAUGAUAGCAAUAAAAGUGAAUGGCGAGGACUAUCUUGCUGUAAUUGGAGGGUGUGGAUUAUCUUUUAAUAAUACCCCACCACAACCUGGUGCCCAGUACAGUCAAGAUGUUAACUAUCAACGUUGCAAUGAAGUACAUAUGUACAGAUUAAAAUCUGGUCAGUUUAUAUUCAGUAAUUCAAUUGGUGUAUUUAGACUGUUAUUAAUGGCAGAUAGCAGACCCACACCCGAAGCCAAGGUCAAAGGUCUGGUGUCUGCCAUAAACAGUCUAUACAAUAUAAGGUAG